AUGCCAUCUGAUCCGCCAGUUUAUUCGACUUCCAAUGGGUUCAAGUACCCACACCAUCCAUAUGGGGCACAGUAUGCUCGCCCAGGUGGUCCAAUUCUUCUACAAGACAGCCAUUUAAUUGAGUCAUUGGCUAGGUUUGACAGAGAACGGAUUCCAGAAAGAGUGGUGCAUGCCAAGGGUGGAGGAUGCCACUUUGAGUUUGAAUUGACCGAUUCGUUGUCAGAUAUCACUUAUGCUGAUCCAUAUCAGACCCCUGGGUACAAGUGUCCGGGUGUUGUUCGUUUUAGUACUGUUGGUGGUGAAUCUGGUACUCCGGACACAGCUAGAGACCCUAGAGGAGUGAGCUUCAAGUUCUACACGAAGUGGGGGAACCACGAUUGGGUGUUCAACAACACGCCUGUGUUUUUCAUUCGCGAUGCGAACAAGUUCCCACACUUUAUCCACACGCAAAAGCGUUAUCCUCAUAACCAUUUGGGGCAAGCUUCCGAUAGUGGUAUGUACUGGGAUUACUUGACGCAAAAUGUGGAGUCGAUCCAUCAGAUCACUUAUAUGUUUGGUGACAGGGGUACGCCUGCUUCGUGGACCGAUAUGAGUGCUUAUUCGGGCCACACGUUCAAGUUUGUGAACAAGGAAGGUGACUUGACGUAUGUGCAAAUCCAUGUUUUGCCUGAGAACGGGUUCAAGACGCUUCCAUUGGAGAAGGCGAGCGAGCUUGCCGGGAAGAACCCCGACUACCACCAGCAAUUGUUGUACGAGAAGUUACAACGUGGCGAAAAGCCCAAGUAUACUUGCUAUGUGCAAACGAUGACUCCCGAGCAGGCGGAAAAUUUCCGUUACUCGAUUAACGACUUGACCAAGGUUUGGCCACACAAGGAGUUCCCAUUGCGGAAGUUUGGUACCAUCACUCUCACUGAAAACGUCACCAACUACUUUGAAGAGAUUGAACAGAUUGCCUUCUCGCCUUCCAACACUUGUAUCCCGGGUAUCGAGCCUUCCAACGACUCGGUUUUGCAAUCGCGCUUGUUCUCGUACCCUGACACGCAACGCCACAGGCUCGGGGCCAACUACAUGCAAUUGCCCAUCAACAGGCCUGCUAACAUGGGCAAAGAGAUGUGUCCAUUUGCCGGUGCCAACUUCCAAAGGGACGGCCCAAUGUGUUUGUUCAACUUCAAGGACCAGCCAAACUACAUCGCAACGCACGCGGGCGAAAACGCAGUCAAGUUUGCCGAGUGCACCCGCGAAGGCGGCCAAAUCGCACCCCAUGACAAGUUCACCGGUGUGGUGUUGGAGAAGGAUGUCCUAGAGGAGAUCAAGAAGCAAGAAGAGAAGCGCAGCGGCCAUGAACAAGUUGUUAAUGCGAAAAUCAACGAGUACUACAUCGUGAACGGUUGCUCGCCACUUGACCUCGAACAACCAAGGGCAUUGUACGAAAAGGUUUACGACGAUGAAAUGAAGGAACACUUUGUCAACAAUGUGGUUGCCCAUGCUUCCAAUAUCUCGAUUCCAGAGAUCAAGACCCGCGUUUCUCAGUACUUUGGCUUGUUGAACGCUGAUUUGGGCCAGAAAAUUGCCAAGGGUCUCGGAAUUGCCUGGGAACCUCUCACUUUUGAAGAAUAUGCAGCCAAGAUCUCUACAUCGGCCGCAUACUGA